AUGAGUUUGCCCGCAACGUUCGCUCUUGUGGCCGUUAGGACCGACGAGUUCGUCGCUAGCGUCAAGGAGACAGUCGACAAUGAUGCAAGCCAGAGCUACGCCAAGAUCGCCGCUGACAUGGGCUGUCACAAGUCGACGAUCUGCCUCCAAGGAAUCAAGGAAGAUCAAGGAGGCGACUUUGCUGAACGAGCUCAAGCACGGGUCCGCCGGGAUACUGAGGAGCGUGAUGAAGACCUGGAUGGACGAUAUCGCCGCCUGACACCCCUACGUCUUCCAGCAGGCUGCUCAACAAUAUCCCUCACCACUGGUCGCUGGACUUGUGGCCGCCUUCCUCGACCGACUGCAAACCCCUUUGACUAUUUCUUCUUGGGUGUGAUCGAGGCCAAGACCAACAAACACACCGACAACACUGUCGACUCUCUGACGGCUGCCAUCGUCGUAAAGUUAAAACCGAUUGUGUCAUUUAAAGGAAAUAUCUUUUCGGAUUGCAAUCUAUCUAUCUAUCUAUCUAUCUAUGUAAGUAACUAUCUAUCUAUAUAUCUAUGUAAGUAUCUAUCUAUCUAUCUUUCUUUCUCUCUAAGUAACUAUCUAAGUGGUUUUUAG